AUGGCCCCGCCAGGAUUCUGGCUCGAUGGCGCCAGCUUCCCACACAUCGUCGACACCAUUCUCCUCUUCUCCGAACACUCGUCUCUCGUCCGCUGGCGCUGCGUGAGCUCGAGCGUACGCGCUCAAGUGGACCGUGUUCUGUGCGAUCGCCUAGCCAUUCGCGACUUUGGUACGGACAAUGUACCCACCCACGGCGUCCGCUUCUACACCCAAGUCGACGAAGAUCAAGUCAGGAAACCGGUCUUUGUGUUUUACGAACACUCUGAUGACAUCCUCGACAAGUGGACACCGCCGCUCAUCAAGACUGCGGCGUAUGUGAGCCGCGCCGCAGAGUGGUGCCUCGAGGCUUGCCCUGGGGUCCGCAUUCUUGACCUCAACGGAGAUGUCAAGGAGGAGCUUGCCCCUCUAAUUCAAGGUCUCGCGAAUGUCAAGGUACUCCGCAUAGCAUCUUCCGCUCCUUUUGCGCUCCUCGAAGGGCCCCCUAUCACUGUUCCCCAUCUGUUUGCCGCUACGAGUCUCUCGGGCCUCUACUAUGACGAGUUCCCAUCCUGUCUCAACGUUCCCUUCCUGCCGCCAACCUUUGAAAGCCUGACGCUCUACGUCUCGAUUACCGUGUGGCGUACCAGCCAUGCGGCGACCGUACGCGCUCUCGUCCUCGGUGCCGCUCUUCGAUCCGUGACCGUGGUCCUGGUAGGAUUCGUCACCCGGUAUGUCAUCGAAUCGGAACCGCGCCAUUCUGACUCCUUCGGUGUUCCUUCAGACCUCAUCGAAGGGGUCAUUCCUCACCUAGACACAGUUCGUCUCACGCUGGUCAACAUCAAAGACGACUUUGGGCCUGGCUUCAACCUCAUUCCCUCUUACCCCGAGACGCUCGAGCAAAUUCUAGAAGCGUUCUCGUUUGACUGGUGGUCCUCCAUUAGGCAACAGUACAUCCUAGACUUCAUUCGCUCCGUCCUCAAGACCAAAUUUCUGCGCAAGAUGACCCGCGCGAUCCGCCACCAGGCGGCCGAGGAGGGAUGGGCCGAAGAGAAAACGGAACGCGCGAUCAACAAUGUGCGAGUUCUGGACCAUGCGGCUUGGAAGGCUGAGGUCAAUGACGGGGUGUUGACGUCGUGGAAUCCCACCGGAGACCCAAACGUGUCUGAUUCAGUUGUCCGCAUAUGA